CGUGAGCAGGCAUUCAAUCGAACAGCGCGAGCGCGUAGCUCAUCGAAAUCGAAAUCGAAGAAGGCAAAUACAGAGUGGGAAAGAGAGAGAGUGGCACCCCCCUUUUUAACCCACCGCUUCUUUUUUUUGUUUUGUAAUAAAUAGCGCUGUACAAAGCGACCACGCUACCAAACGGAAAGAAUCCGCGCUGUGAGCAGAGCAACAACGUAGGUCGGUACCCCCCUCACCUCCCUCAAUUUACCUUCAUCAUCGCAAGGGAGAAUCGAAUCGUAUCGAACCGAACCCCCGAACCGUCGACCGGUAACGUGAACGAGAAGAAGAAUCGGUAGAAACAGCUGGAAUAAAACCAGAAACUAGCAAAGCCAAGCAAAACAAAAACAGAAUUAAACACAAAACAGAAGCAAAAUAAAAUAGAGCUGAAAAAGUUAGAGGAGGAGGAGAAAAUGACAACGAAACAACCAAGAAAAGUUGCCCCCGAUGGCGGCUGGGGUUGGGUUGCCUGUUUUGGCGUUAGUUUGGUCAACCUCGCCACACGCUCCAUAGAGCCAUCGUUUGGUCUGCUUUUUGGCGACACCCUCAAAGAUCUCAAUGUGGGCACCACUGGGGCGGCUGUGAUUAUCAGUGCGCUGGACGUCUGCAUGAAUUUCUCAGGGCUAUUUGUCGGCCCACUGCUAAAGGAGUUCUCCUACAGAAAGGUGGCCAUUGCCGGCUCCCUGCUAUGCGGCCUCGGUCUGGCCCUCACAUCCCCCGCCACGAGCAUGGCCCACAUUCUGAGCACCUACUCGGUGAUUAAUGGCAUUGGUGUGGGCCUCUCCACAUCGGCGGCAUUUGUUGCAUUGAAUCAUUACUUCAAGCACAAGCGAGGACAGGCGGUGGGUCUAUCGAUGGCUGGCACAGCCAUUGGCAUGUUGAUCAUGCCGCAGCUGGUGAGGAUACUGCUGGAGGCUUAUGACUUCCAGGGCGCCGUCCUGCUGCUGGCGGGUGUGGCUCUAAAUGCCACUGUCGGUUCGGUGCUGCUGCAGCCGGUGAAGUGGCACAUGAAGGAGGAGUUCGAUGAUGAGGAGCUGAUGUGCAUAUCGGCGUUGCCGACACCCCAGCCCCAACUGACAAUUGGGGGCGGUGGUCUGGCUGCGUCGGCGGCCUCCCCGCCCGACUUUAAAGUUAUCAAAGAAGAUGGGACCGAGGAGGAUGCUCUUCCAGAGAUGAACACCCUGCUGUUCCACAAGCAUCAUGCCCACCAGCAUUCGAUGCGCAAAAACUACUCGGAGAUGGCCAUGAACACAAUGAAUGGCUCUCGCCUGGGCAUUCCCAAGCGUCCCACCUUUCCGCGGAUCAUGUCCCUGGCAGGUGUGCAGUCGGCGGCCCAUGGGGCCGGUGCCGAUGGCGCCUAUACCUCGCAGGCGGAGAUCAAUGCCACGCAGCUGCGCUGUCGCAAGGCCUCGGUUACCUCGAACCUCUCCUACAUGGACUUCACCGGCUCCAUACUGCAAGUGCACCUCAACACCGGCGACGAUGAGUUUGAGCAGAAUGAUCGCGAGCUGCGACGCGUUGGCACCGCCACCGGCAGCAUUGUCCUGGGCGGACAUCGCGAUAGUUUUAUCAAAAUGAAGCCCACGGAGCUGGACAAGCAGACGGAGGCCGCUGCCGAUGAGGAGGCAAAAAAGAAUAAACCCAAAAAGCCUGGCUUCUGGCGCCGGUUUGCCGAUCUCCUGGACAUUGACAUGCUCAAGGACAAGAUGUUUCUCAAUCUCCUGUUCGGUCUGUCCAUCUUCUAUGUGGCCGAAAUGAACUUCAAGAUGGUGACGCCCUUCUUUUUUGCCAAUCUGGGCUACCAAAAGACCGAUGUGGCUUUCUGCCUGUCAAUCACAGCCAUCACGGAUAUUGCUGCACGAAUUGUGUUGCCACCGAUCUUCGAUAGGACCACAAUCAGGAAGCGUACCAUUUUUCUAGUUUCCAUCAUAUUCGUGGCUCUAACACGUUCAAUUAUGGCAGAGCAAACGGACUGGACCCAGCUCAUGAUUUGGUUAUCGAUUUGUGGCUUCUUCCGUGGCUCGGCCUUGAGCAAUUUCACGCUCACCGUCUCCGAGUAUUGUUCGCUGGAGAAGCUGCCAUCGGCCUUUGGCUGGCAUUUGGUCGGCAAGGCAUUGUUUGUGAUAUCAUUUGGGCCACUGAUUGGUCUCAUUCGUGAUGUGACUGACAGCUAUCCCAUUUGCAUACACACCCAGAGCUUUUGCAUUAUGCUUUGCGCCUUAGCCUGGGGCAUUGAGUAUUUGGUGGAGUUCCUUAACGCUCGCCGUCGCACUGCAGAUGCCGCACAGGUGCCCACGCAGGAGACAGCCGCAGCAGCGCCCGCGCGAACGACGCAUGAUGUGAAAUUGUAAAUCGAAGCUAAGCAAGGAGCCACACCAGGAAGGAUUCGAUAUGAGCAACUAUAUUUAUAAGGAAGACAAGGCUCGCUCGCUUGCUGUAGGGACACCUUACACUUUAGAGAGGGGAUUCCGUACCCUGAAUAACACCCCCCCCCCCCCCCCCC